AUGCAAGUGUUCCAUCAGUGUGCUCUGAUCUGUCCGCCUGAUGCCCAAAUUGUGCCUUCAGCCAACAAGUGUCCUUCCGGGUGGCUCGAGCACGACUCCAGCUGCUACAAGAAGGAGAUGACUCCCAACGGUUGGCUGGGGGCCCGGCACCACUGCGUCUGGCAGGGCGGCGACCUGCUCUCCAUCACCUCCUCGGCCGAGGAGGACUUUGUGAAGCGCACCAUGGGCAAGGACACCCCCUUCUGGCUGGGACUCUCCAACCAGAAAUGCGACGACGUCUGGUGUAGCUUUGUAGCCGGAAGCCAGGACCUGAUCUGGUCUGAUGGCGAUACAACGACACACACCAACUGGGCCUUAGACCGCUAUAAAAGCGCCGUUGUCGCGUCUUGCGCCUACGUCAACCAAGGAGCUUAUGUUCGGCCUGGGUUGUGGAUGUCUGGCUCCUGCGCUUCCUCGUUGGCCUACAUGUGCAAACGGCCGCAGAGAUGCCCGGAGGGACGGACGUGUACCUCCAAUAGUGGUCCUGCUGUAAUGAAGACUUCCGACUGCGAGGAUGGCAACUUCCUUUAUGGCGAUGAUUGCUAUUUUUUUGACGCGACGCGCAGAACUUGGGAGGCUUCCGAGAAGUUUUGUGUCGCCCGGCGAGGCCACCUGACUAGCAUGCACUCUGAGCAAGAGGCCGAAUUCAUUAUGGAUCAUUCAAGACACUAUCAUACUUGGGUGGGAGAAAAGAAGAAGGGCAACAACUACGAGUGGACUGACGGAACAGCUUCUAAUAGAGGAGGCCGUUAA